GAAAAAAUUGCUUCCACAUUCUCACAUACGACAUGUCUCAACAACAAAAAUCCUUGAAUGAAUUACUCAAAUGGUCUAUCAUUAACCAGGCCACCGAGAAGGAAGAUGCUUCUGCUGAAGGCGCUCCAAAGAAGCCCGCUGAAAAAAUUGAUCCGGGGAUCAUCGACGCCAUCCUUGGCAGAAGCGACUCCCAAAUGAUGCUUGAAGCUCUACAAGUGAUAAAGAAUCCUCAGGCGACCAAUGAUGAGAAGGAAUUGGCAUGGGAGGACUUCGAGAUGUUGAUUCAACAGAUCGAUAAUGCCUCAAAUAUUGAGAAUAUGAAAAUGUGGCCACCAAUCCUGGAGGAAUUGAAAAACAGUAAUCCAAAAUUCAGAGAGCAGGCUGCUUGGGUUUGCGGGACAGCUACCCAGAAUAAUCCCAAGGCACAGGCAGCUUUCUUGAAGGAAAAUGGCCUAGCAGCAGUGAUUGGAUUGUUAUCAGACCCAGAGAUCUACAUCCGUGCCAAAGCCAUUUACGCUUUAUCCGGUGCAAUCAAGCAUUUUGAACCUGCGUUGGAAGAAUUUAAGAAUCAGGAUGGCUUCAAGACAUUGGUAACGCUUCUGAAUACUGAAUCAGAUCUUUCCUUACUUCGCAAGACCGUAUUCUUAAUCAACACACUCCUAAUUCAGGACCCUACCUGUAGCAAACAGCUAGCACAGCUGCAGCUCAUCCAUGCACUAGACACAAUUUUGAAGCAGCAUAUGGAAGAUGAGGACAUGGUUGAAAAGACGCUAGUGACACUUAGGACGUUCUUCAAUGUUUCCUCAAGCCCUAUCCAUCCUGCGACCCUUGCACUCAUUCGUCCGAAGGUUUUGGAGGCAAAAGAGAAAUAUGGGAGCCUUAUUUUGGAUUCAGAAGCAUGGGCGGAUCUCGAGAAGAGAACUGCCUAAACUAUUUUAUGCAUACAAUAAAAACAUUUUAAUGAUUGUUUAC